AUGGCGAUGCGCAACCCCGUUCUCCGAGGCCUAUCCUCCUCUCGAAUCCUUCAAACAGCCAGCAUCUCCCGACAAACCAUUCGCCCUCUCUCUCAAAAGGUGGUCCCAUCCGUGCCAUCGCCAACCCCCUUCGUCCCCGAUGUCCCGACAUUCCUCACUCUGAUCGGCCGCGAAAUGUCCAAACACUCAAGCAAGAUCACUUCAUGGGAACAACUCUUCGCCUCCAGCUCCGACCAACUCCGCAGCCUUGGAAUUGAAAAUUCCCGACAGCGCAGAUAUCUCAUUCGCAAGCGCGAGAAGUUCCGCAACGGUCUACAUGGUCCCGGUGGAGAUCUGGAACACGUCGUGGACGGCGUUGCUCAAUUGCGGGUAGUUGAAAUUCCCGCUUCAGCACCAGCGCCGGCGGCAAAUGCCUCCUCCAAGGACGGCAAGGGCAAGACCGAGUCUUCCGCACCAAUCGUCCCCAAGACAAAGAAAGUCGUCGUGAACCUCACCCCCGACGCAACCGAAUACACGCACCAAGUCUCCAAAGCCCUGAAGAAAUUCGCACACAUGAAGGUCCAGCGCGGCAAUAAGAUCAUGGGACCCUUCUUGCAGCCGAUGAAGGGGACGCACGGUACUGCUGCCACUAUCACUGUUCAGGAGGGUAUGUGGGAGGAUAAGCGUGGACAUAAGGUUGAUGGUGGUGAGCGACGACAGAAGGAGGUUCGGGCGAAGCUUAGACUUGAGGAACGGAGAAAGGCAUAG